UUUAUUUUUCCUACAAGGAAGAAAGAAAAGGGCAGAAGCGCAGCAGCAGCCAGCAAGCCAAAACCCACUGACGAGAAGCAAAUAAAUACCUUCCUUCCAAGGCAUCCAAAGCACAGCCAGAAGGAAAAAGUAACAGUUUUUCCCUCACUUUCUUUCCCUUUUCCUCUCUGUUUACUCGUUUUUUUAUUCCAGACACAAAAUUCAGGCAAGAGAAAGAGAAAAGGUUGGAAUUCAAUCCCAUUCCUAACGACCCAAAACAAGAAAUUCCCUCAAUUUCUCAUGACAGAAAUGAUAGAUGGCACCUCACCGACUCCCAAAGCCCCACCAAUCUCUGAAAUGUUCCAGAAGUUCGCCCUCGCUUUCAAGACCAAAACCUUCGAAUUCUUCGCCGAGGAGACUGCCGCCGAUGACCCCUCCGAUGUCGAUGGUUUCUCCCUCCUUGACUCCGCCGAAGAUUUUAUUCCCAAUCAGAAAGUUAUUAUCCUAAAGCCCGAUCAACCCAUCUAUCAAAAUUCAGCAAGCUCUCCAACUCCCUCGACAUCGAGGGAGCCUCCACAAUUAUCUCACCAAUCGACUAUAGAUAAGCCUACGGAGCAGUCCCAGAUCAAGCCUUUAAACGCCCAGUUCGUUCAAACUUUGAUUUGUUCCGUAUUUGCGACGGUUUCUUCGUUUGAAGCUUCGUAUCUGCAGCUACAGACUGCUCAUGUGCCUUUUAAUGAAGAGGGUAUAAAGGCAGCGGAUGAAGCUCUGGUUUCGCAUCUUCAGAGUCUAUCUGAUUUCAAGCAUUUCUAUGGGGAUAUGUGUAGGAAUCCUGACUCUGGAGCAGCUUUGCCUAUUGGGUCGUGCUUGGAAGCUCAAGUACAGGAAAAUCAAAGCAAGCUGAGAGUACUGGGGAUUGUGUCGGACCAUUUACAAGCAGAGAUUGAUCGAAAAGAUAACGACGUUUCGGCUUUAAGGAAGAAAUUGAGCGACUUACAAAAGUCUAAUUUCAAGUUGGCAAAGAGAUUAUCUGGUAAUUCAAAUUUGCCUUCGUCUUGUGAUGUUUUGUUGUCUGUUAGGGUUUUCGAUUCUGUGUUAAAUGAUGCUUAUAGAGCUAUGCAUAAAUUCACUAAGAUUUUGAUAGAUUUAAUGAGAAAAGCUGGGUGGGAUUUGGAUUUGGCAGCGAAUUCAGUUCAUGCUGAUAUUGAAUAUGCAAAAACAGGGCAUAAUCGCUAUGCUUUUCUCUCAUAUGUAUGUUUGGGCAUGUUUCAAGGUUUUCAUUUAAAGAGGUUUGGUUUGGAUGAGGGUGAUGCCCAAAUCCUUUGUAAUGGGCAUAUUUCUGAUUCUGUUAAGACUCGCAGUUCAUUGAAGGAGUUGCUUGAGCAUGUGUCUAGCAGUCCUGUGGAGUUGCUACAUAGGAAUCCUAACUGUGAAUUUUCAAAAUUUUGUGAAAAGAAGUAUCAAGAACUUGUUCAUCCGACAAUGGAAUCAUCCAUUUUCAGCAAUUUGGAUCAUAAUGAAGUUAUUUUGAGUUCAUGGAGGUCACUUCGAAUAUUCUAUGAGUCAUUUGUUGACAUGGCUAGUGCUGUAUGGACGCUUCAUAAGCUAGCAUUUUCAUUUGAUCCUGUUGUUGAGAUUUUCCAGGUGGAAAAAGGGGUUGAUUUUUCAAUGGUGUACAUGGAUGAUGUAACUAGAAGAUGUCCCUUCCCAGCUAAAACCCGGAUGAAGGUUGGGUUCACAGUAGUUCCAGGAUUUAAGAUUGGGAGAAGAGUUAUUCAGUCACAAGUCUAUUUAUGUUGCUGUACAGAAUAGUUGGUAUUCAAGGUUGUAUCAUGUAGAAGAUAAGGAAUUACGCAGCUUAAGCAAGAUAAUCUAUAUCUUGCUUUAGGUUUGACUCUGUGCACCACAACCAUUGAGAGUAGGUGACAGCAAUAAAGGAAUCCGAAGGAUUUCUUCGCCAUUUUAAUGGGUGCCUGAGUUAAGUAUGGCUAGAUAGGAUUCUGAGAUAUAAAAAAUUAGGAGAACCCAGUCCUUUGGUGCAUCAUUGUGCUGGGCACUUGGAGCAAUUGUGGUGCUAUGUGAAAAUUGCUGUAAAGUUUUUAUGUUUUAUUUUCUCUCUUAUAGAUUUUGCUUGCAAGCUCCCUUCUGACAAGGGAAAAAAAAAAAACUGUGUAUCCACGUUUUUUUUUUUUUUUUUUUUUUUUGAGUCUGGAAACUGUAUAUCCACAGUUAGCUAACUUUUGAUCCACAACAAUUCAACAUGGAGUUGCAUUCUCUUUCCAUUUAAUUACGUGCUUCUGGAUUCAUCUAGGCUUUGGACGUAUGAUCGUUAUUGUCCCUGCUAUUGCAUAUGUGUAUCUUGCUAUUUUAGAUGUUACUCUUUUUUUUCUCUUUCUUGGUGAUGAUAAAAAUAACAGUUUGAUGUGUCUGCGCUGGAGAUAAUUUCUUCAAAUCCUGUGAACUGCAGAAUUUAAGACUACUAGCUUUUCCUUAUGGUGCUUGGUUUUAUUGUUGUUGGGCUAUUUUGUGAAGUUUGUUUGUGGCUAUGGAAUACGGAGAUAGCUCUAAUUGUGGGUUCUGGCUUGGGUUUUUGGUGAGAAAAGGCAUGUGUUUUUAACAAAAUGAGUAAGCAAAUGGAGAUGGAUAUUGAUGAGCGGCAGUUUGUUGGAACAUAUGAACUGGGGUUUUAGUCAUUUUGGGGCCCUGGAGUAUGGAAACUUUGGAUAUUUGUUUACUCGUUAAGUUGUUAUCCUUACAGUGACAGAUGCCCCAAUGCAGCCAUGAACCAAAGGCCUCCACUUCUGUUAUGAUAAGGAGAAUAAAGGGCAGUUAGAAAAUAAAUAGAAGGUGUUGAGGGUUGAAAUUGUAAUAAAAGGAUAGAGCAGAACUUAGGAAUUAGUUAGAGAGUGUAGUGGAGGGAACAAUUAUUUUAGAGAUCUGAAAACAGUAUAAAUAACAGUUACUGUAACCAAAGGGGAACUAUUUCAAGAAUUUAUCAAUUUUCUACUAUCUCCCUCUCUAA